UAAGUACUCCCAUACUGGCUCAUGAUGAUAUAGAUGAUACAAAGUAUCAAACCCCAGAAAUAAAAAAGAAUAUGACUCCGAUUAGCACGAAUGUACGAGUGAGUGCUAAAUCUAAUCCUCAGAUUUAUAAUAUCACAAAAGAAGGGGUAAAGAAUUACCUAUUGAAAAUUUUUCGUCAAAUCCCACCUUCUCGUUCUUUGAACUCGAAGCCAGAUUAUAGCCAUCGCACGACCGCCUCUGGCAAUCUGUUUUCUGGAAUAUAUAAACCGACCAUGAACAAACAAAGUGAAGUGAACUAUCGGGGGGAAGAAAUUUUUUAUCCAGUCUAUAGAAAUCAGAGUCAUGGAUUCCCAAUCCGUCGUACAAAAAAACCAAAAGAAAGAACUAUUGCAGAGCAAUGGCUCAUCGAGCCUACCACCUAUGAAACUUUACCUUAUGGAUAUGGAUGA